AUGGCCGAUGAAUAUAAAGUCGCAUCAGACGACGACGACCCUUCUCUCAACAGCGAAAAGGAUAGACAUUCGGACGAUGAACCUGGUAACCCUGCCAAAAAUGAAGCAAAACCUCGCAAGGUUACAGAACGACGACGAGCCGACAUCAGUCACUUCCAUCAAUGGGCGCGAGAUGAGCAGCUGCGACGGAACAGAUCGGCCCUCAGUGCAGCGACCAGUGGCUCCAGAUCUGCAUCCUGGCUCGAUACCGUUAACACGGCCCACAACAGGAUCAUCGACAGCCCCAGAGAGUAUCAGGUCGAACUCCUUGAGAGGGCCAAGGAGAAGAACAUCAUUGCAGUUCUAGCCACAGGGUCUGGCAAAACUCUCAUUGCAGCAAUGCUCAUCCGUCACAUUAUAGAGCAGGAGCUCGUGGAUCGUGAUGCGAAGAGAACUCCCCGUAUAUGCUUCUUCCUGGUUGACAAGGUCUCACUCGUGCUUCAACAACACAAGGUGUUGAAAGAUAAUCUCGACCACAAUGUCAGCAUGUUACACGGCGACUUUGCCGGUGCCAUCUCGACACAUAGCUACUGGAGGCAACAGUUGGAUGGAAAUAUGGCCAUAGUCUGCACGGCGGCCAUUCUCCUGAAUUGUUUGCACUAUUCUUACAUCACAAUGGAUCAAAUCAACCUCCUCAUAUUUGACGAGGCGCACCACACUAAGAAGAACCAUCCAUAUGCAAGAAUUAUCAAGGACUUCUACGCCAAGGUAGAGGAAGAUGGCCACAGGCGGCCCCGUAUUUUCGGAAUGACGGCGUCACCGAUUGAUGCAAAGACUGACCUUGCUACGGCUGCGGCUCAACUGGAAGGCCUUCUGCAAAGCGAAAUAGCCACCGUUGCCGAUCCUUCAAUCAUGAAACAGAAGCGGAUCCUCGACACACGAGUCGAAGAACUCGUUGAGUAUGGACUGGCACCCUUCACAUUUGAGACGGCACUGUGGCAGAGGCUCAACGCACUCGUCGGGGAGAACAAGGCCUUUACGAAGCUUUUCACCUUCUCCAAGGAGUGCACAAGGGAUCUUGGACGUUGGUGUUCUGAUAGAAUGUGGCAAUUAUGCCUGACGCCUGAAGAGAUAUUGAAGAUCAAGGCGAGGGCGGAGAGAGACCUCAUGGGGAGCAACGUGGAACGGCCAAUGGCCUUCAUCGAUGCCACAACAACCGCCAUUCAAGACGCUCACGAAGUCAUUCUCAACCACUCACUUGCUGAGCCUCAACUUACUUAUGAGUACUUGUCCCACAAGGUCAUUUCUCUCAUCGGCAUCUUUCGGAAGCACUUCAAUCCCUUCACCGACAAAUGCAUUGUUUUCGUCGAGCAGCGUCUUACCGCCAAUCUACUGGCAGAUUUGUUGAAGCACCCUAGCUUGGGAUUGAGCUUUGUAAAGCCUGGUGCAUUGGUGGGCUCUGGUAAUGGAGAGACAGGUGAGCAGCUGGGCAUGUCCUACAAACAUCAAUUGUUGGCGGUGAAGCAAUUCCGUGAUGGUGAGCUGAACUGUCUCCUUGCUACCAGUAUUGCAGAGGAAGGCCUCGACAUUCCCGAUUGCAACAUGAUCAUUCGAUUUGACCUGUACAAUACUAUGAUCCAGUACAUUCAGUCCAAGGGUCGCGCCCGCAAAAAGGACUCGAAAUACUUCCAUAUGGUCGAGAUUGGAAACCAAGAAAAUAUCCAGAGAGUACUCGACAACCAGGAAAAGGAAGACAGACUCCGUGACUUUUGUCUUGCGUUGCCAGAGGACCGUCAGCUCAGGGGAAAUGAUUUCGACAUGGACUAUUUUCUAUCCAAAGAGAAGUCUCACCGGGCUUACGUCAUCCCGUCCACCGGGGCUAAGCUGACCUAUAAGAUCAGUAUCUCAGUUCUUGCUUCAUUUGUUGCGUCACUAGAAUGUCCCCCCGACGUCUACCCGUUAGCAGAGUACGUUGUGAAGAGCGUCGGCAGCGAGUUCCAGGGCGAGGUCAUCCUGCCUGAUGGUGCUCCAAUCAAGAGCGCACUGGGACGCCGAGCUGGCUCCAAACAGAUUGCAAAAUGUUCAGCAGCUUUCGAAAUGUGCCUAAAGUUAAGAAAGGAGAAGGCCAUCGAUGAACAUCUGCAGUCAACCUUCAAAAAGUGGCUUCCAACCAUGCGGAACGCGCAUCUUGCCAUUAGUUCAAAGAAGAAAACCGAGUACAAUAUGAGAAUCAAACCGGAUAUCUGGUCUCAUCGUGGUUUUCCAGAGACGCUGUUCGUCGCGGUAUUGAAGCUACUAAGCCCAGCAGCCCUGGGACAAUCUUCACGUCCGCUUGCCAUCCUGACCCGGAAACCUCUGCCUCGACUCAAUAGGUUCCCUCUGUUUUUCGGCAAUCACAGUAGCUCACUAACAGAAUGUGUGUCUCUCUCUUCUACCAUGGCAACCUCGGCCGACGACGUCAGAGAGUUCACCGAGUUCACCUUGAGGAUGUUCAAGGAUGUAUUCAGUAAAGAAUAUAAGUCGGAGCCGGAGAAGUUGCCGUACUACAUUGCGCCAGUGCAAAAGGAGCACGAGUUCGACCUCGAAUGCAUUGACGAUGCACGCCCUCUACUCGACUGGGAAUGUCUUCACAUGCUCCGAAAAACCGGUGACUUAAAUUGGGAAGGUCAGUCCGAUGAUAUCUGGAAGGACAGGUUCGUCACGGACCCGCAUGACGGCUCACGCAAAUUCUAUACGUUUGGUCGAAAGGAAGGCAUCCAGCCCACGGAUCCUCAAGUGCCAGGGGCCUGUAGAACCAACGGCAAGAGAAAAAAGGGUGGCAAUAACAUGCCAGAUGACAUAUGGAAUUAUAGCGUCAGCUUAUGGGCCAAUUCUAGAGCCAGAAUACAGAGGCGGGACGACUUACCAGUGGUAGAGGCCCAGUUCAUACCACUUCGACGCAAUCUCCUGGAUGACUUUGAGAAAACGGUCAAGCAAGAAAACCAAUGCUACUUGGUGUUUGAGACUCUCCGAAUCUCAGCUCUCCCGAUUGAAUACGUCGCUAUGGCAUACAAUCUGCCUGCUAUCAUGUACCGACUUGAGUCAAACUUGAUCGCUUUGGAUGCUUGCAAGGAGCUUGGUCUGGAUAUCCGUGCUGAUCUCGCUCUUGAAGCAAUGACAAAGGAUAGUGACAGCACAGAAGAGUAUGCGGAAGAGCAGGCCAACUUACAGAAGGCUACGGGACACAACUACGAACGUUUGGAGUUUCUAGGAGACUCGUUCCUAAAACUAAGUACGACGAUAUCGCUCUUCUCACAAGUCCCUGAAGGCGACGAGUUCCGAUACCACGUAGACCGCAUGGUUCUUGUCUGUAACAGGAAUUUGUUUAACCAAGCUUUAGAACUGAAAAUCGAGGAGUAUAUCCGAUCAAAAUCGUUUGACCGGAGAAAUUGGUAUCCGGAUGGCCUUGAACUCCUCAAGGGCAAGAAGAACACCAGUAUACUCGGCAAGAAGGGUGCUGGCAAGGGGUUUCAUACUCUGGGAGACAAAUCGAUCGCAGACGUUUGUGAGGCGCUGAUCGGUGCGGCGUAUCUAAGUACCUACAAACGGGAUCAAAGUGACUUCAACUUGGCUAUCAAAGCCGUGACCAAGUUCGUCAAGCACAAAUACCACACAAUGACGACAUACGAGGAGUUCUACAAGUCCUACAACGUUCCGGCAUGGCAAGUUGCUGAGCCAACUGCUGUGCACUUGAACUUGGCGAAGAAAAUGGAAGAGCGACUGGGCUACAAGUUCGCGCAUCCCCGUCUUCUGCGGUCCGCCUUCACGCAUCCAUCGUACAGCUCUACGUAUGAGCACAUCCCCCACUACCAGCGCCUCGAGUUUCUCGGUGACGCGCUCCUGGACAUGGUCUGCGUAGACUUCCUGUUCCACCGCUACCUCGGCGCCGACCCCCAGUGGCUCACCGAGCACAAGAUGGCCAUGGUGUCGAACCAGUUCCUGGGCUGCCUAUGCGUCUCGCUGGGUUUACACCGACACCUCGUCCACAUGUCGGGCGCCCUGCCCCACGAAAUCUCAGCCUACGUAACCUCCAUCACCGAAGCCCGCGAGCACGCCGAGCACGAAGCCGAGUCAAACAAACAGGACCGCGCCGCCUACGCGCGCAACUUCUGGGUCGAGGCACCUAAGCCUCCCAAGUGCCUUCCCGACAUCAUUGAAUCCUACAUAGGCGCCGUCUUUGUGGAUUCGAAGUACGACUACAGCCAGGUGCAGCGUUUCUUUGACGCCGAAAUCGUGCCCUACUUUGAGAACAUACACCUCUACGACACGUACGCCAAAAACCACCCUGUCACCUUUCUGACCAACGUCCUUCAGCUGCGCUACCACUGUGCCAACUGGCGCCUCUUGAUCGAGGAAACGGUCGGCGGAGCCUUUGGUAGCGGCAUAUCUGUCACGGACACAGAGGUCAUCUGCGGCGUUAUGGUGCAUGGCCAGGUACGCGAACACGCCAUCGCCGCCAGCGGGAGGCAUGCCAAGAUUGACGCGGCCAAGAAAUUGGUUGCUAGUUUAGACGGCGUAAAGUUGCACGAGUUCAAGGAGAAGUUUCAGUGCGAUUGCACAUAUGAAGAUGCAGAGAAAGCCGACCUGUUGGUGCAUGGGACUGCUAUUUAG